GCACUGAACCCAUGUGGUAAGAAGGCAAUGAAUUUCCAUGACGUAGCGAUGUCUCAUAGAACUUGAUGAUUGUUGGCGGUUAAGAGUCUGUUUCUAUAGAAAGUGGUGCAGCCAUUGAAUGUCUAUGAAAGCAAAAAUAUUCGGGAAGAUCGUAUUCAUCUAUGAAGGCUUCGCAGGCUGUCCUUUGCUCGACCAAGGUGGGCCAAGCCCCCUGGCAGGACAUCUGGUGGCAUCCUAUGAUGAGAAGAAUGCAGAUUAAUCGGUCUUCAAGGAAGCCGAGAGCACAUCUCAUUGUGACAAGUGCAUACACUAGGUUACUAGCAGAAGAAGCUUAAGUUUGCACGAUUGCGACUCGGGUGUUUGAGUGCGAUGGCCUCGCACUUGAACCCACAAGCACCGUGGGGUCAUUACCGCUGACAUCGCUGGAAUGUCUCUCCCGCUCUCCACGGCUGCUUCUAGCAGGCAUUGCUGCGCAAUCUGCAACAAAGUGUAUUCGACCAAUAGCCACCUACGCCGGCAUGAAGCGACACAUCAUGGUAGACAAGAAUUGGCAUGCCCCCUAUGCCGUGCGCAGUUCUCACGACGAGAUCUUGCUCAACGACACGUCCAAAAGUGUUCUGCGAGCAAGGAGGUAGUCCUGCCUAUACUGAAGGGUGGCAGGAAGCGGAUGUCUUGCGACAUAUGCUCACAGCGGAAGCUGUCAUGCGAUACCAUGGUGCCCUGCAUGCGCUGUCGGUCCGUUGGCAUAGAGUGCACGUACGAACGGCUAGGCCUUCCUUCCUCGUCUGCUACCUCCCGGAUUGGAGUCAAUCAUUCUAGCUACAGAAACGCCAGCAACACUCAGGGUAGCACUGGUGGAGAUUACGGACGCCACUCCAUUGAUUUUCUUCUGAAUUUCACGAGCCCCUUAGGCUACCGCCCAUCCGCAGCCAUUGCCGCUGAAGCCACCAACGUCAUCACUGUGGAACACAGUGCUGAAUCCUGGAACUCACAGUUCCGCACGAAUGACCACUACAGUGUACAAAGUCCGCCAUCUCGUGAUUCUGACGACUUCCCCACUGUGUUCCUUGGCUUCCCACCUCUGAUGCCCGGAGAAGAAGAGGGGAGAGACGGAAGCAUGCCCGUCAUCAAAGACUGUUCCCUGUCUGAUCUAGAAGAAGCGUUCGCCUUGGAGGGUCGAAUCAAUGAGCUUAUCUGCCAGCUGUCUGCCCACCAGGAUUCGAUGCUCGAACAUGGCAGCAUCGCAGAAGCUCGUUUUGAUGUACAGCUCGCACGAUUUGUGUUUGAUAAGGCCAACGUAAGGCAGUUUAUUUGGGAGUUUUUCCACUAUUUCCACGAUCAGUUCCCUGUCCUCCACAAGCCAACGUUUGACAGUCAAACAGUCUCGUUGCCCCUUCUACUCACAGUUGUGCUUUUUGGGUCAAUGUCCUCUAAUCCGUCGGACAUUUCUAUUGAGAUACGACAGUUCUUCAAUGUUGCAGAAUCGUAUGUGUUCGACAGAGUGGUUUCUAAACACAUGCUGCAGCGCUCUUGCGGAGCACCUGCCACGAAUGAGAUUGAGCUUCUCCAGGCCGGAUUGUUGUUGUUGGUGGUCCUAAACAACAGUAAUGACCCAACAGUACGACGACGGCUAAGACUACAGAGAAUCCCUUGCCUCGUUGCUGCUGUGAGGGCUUCAGGAUUGUUUUCGUACAGGCGCCAACAUAGUAUUACUGGGGAGUACAAACCUAAUUGGCAGCUCUUUAUCUUAGAUGAGGUACAGUUAAGAGUGGCUGUCUGGACAUUCAUAGCUGACAGCACUUUGGCAAUGUUCUUCAACGGCUCCCCGCACGUGGCCAUAUCUGAGAUGACAGGAGGUCUCCCAUGUAGAGAAGAUCUAUUCAGGGCUGAAACGGCCGUGGAGUUCGAGCAUGCAGUCUCACCGUGUCUUCUAGGGCACCCAGAUCCCACAUUUCCUAGACUCAUGUCUACUCUUCUCUCCGUUCCGUUAUUGGAGUCUCCAGCCCAGACAGUAGAGCAUGUCACAGCAGCGAACAUGCUGAUACUCAUAUGCGCGCUACAGUCUAAUGUCAUGACAUUCAGAAUGCACUAUCUAGCUCCACCAACUGCUGAGGCUCUGCUCUCUACGUUAGAUCGAUGGAAAAGCCUGUGGGACGCCGUGCACGAAACUAGCGUAGAGGGAUUCGAUACGCACACAGGGUUUGAGCGGCAUGCUGCAGCGUACUGGUGGCUAACAAGGACGCUCUUGAAAAUCGUGCAGUCAGGAGACCAAAGCUGCCGUUACUUGCAGCCCUAUCCCUCGGACUCUGUGAAAGACUUGCACGAUUUUGUCCGCAAGUACAAGAACUAUGUUAAUUAGGCAACAAGAUUGUUCUUGUUAGUGGAACCGAACAACAAGCAGCUUCUGUAGAUCAGUGGUCUUAUCAUGGUAUAUGCAUACGGGACAGUGUACUCUGCGCACAAACAGAGAUGUGUGGCCAAUGUGGCGGACGAUAUAUCAGCUACUUUCACGAGAUUCUCACGUCGCAACUUGGAGGGAAAUCGCGAGGACGUGGGCCUACAUGAUAGUCUUCAAUGCAAUCAGUGUAUUUGUGGUGGACACCACCAAUAACGUAUGCAAAUUAG